AUGGCGCCAAACCUUCAACCUCUUCCUCAGCGUCCACGUCUCCAAGACCAUAGACCGUGGUCCGGACUCUCUAACAUUUCGAAACGAUCCUUUAGAUCUUGCGCAACUUCUGCUUUCGAGGCCGACGACGAGCGAUCCUCUAGCGACGGCGAUAUGAGCCCUCGCAAUAGCCAAGCGGACGUGCGACGGCCAACCGUACCGCGUCACUCUGGCCAUGAUGCUCGCCCGACGAGUCGGAAGGAGCUUCUAGGGUGGUACGCCUAUGCAUUUGCGGCUGAGACGUACGUGAUUUGUGGAAUUGCUUCCUUUAUUCCUAUCCUUCUAGAAACUCUUGCCAGGGAGAACGGUGUGCUCCUCUCUGACCGAGAAACACCAUGCGGGUCUAGCGACAGUAAGAAAGAGGGGGAUGGACAAUGCAUUGUCUGGGUGUUUGGAGUAGAGAUCAACACUGCAAGCUUUGCCAUGUACACAUUUUCAGUGAGCGUCUUGAUUCAAGCGCUGCUCGUUGUCAGCAUCAGUUGCGCUGCUGAUCAUGGAAACUACCGCAAGAAGCUUCUUCUCAGCUUCGCCUGGAUUGGGAGCUUCGCCGUCAUGUCCUACAUCUUCAUUACAAAAGACAACUACAUUCUCGGCGCCCUCUUGACCGUCAUCUCCAACACUUCCUUUGGCGCGUCCUUUGUAUUACUGAACUCUUUUCUUCCGCUACUUGUGCGAUACCAUCCCGAUGUCAUCGAGGUCAACGUUGCUGAUACUCCAGAUCUUGACAAUUCUGAAUUCGAGUCACGCCCUUUGGAUGACUCAGUGGGCGAGCUCCAGGCGUCAAGAGUUUCAACAACCUCACCUCUGUUACAGCCUGAAGACGGCGAGAGGCUGAAACCAACAGCAAGCCAUGCGGAAAUCACUUCCAAGGAAUUGCAACUGUCAACGCGGAUCUCAGCCAUCGGAAUUGGCACCGGCUAUAUUGCCGCGCUCUUCCUGCAAUGCGUCUGUAUUGCUGUUCUCAUCGCCAUGCAUAACACCACAUGGGGCCAACGAGUCGUAUUAUUCAUGGUCGGACUUUGGUGGACCAUCUUCACUAUUCCCGCCGCCAUGCGGUUGCGGCCCCGCCCGGGGCCUCCGCUGGCUGAUGAUGGGCGCAAAGGCAUCAUGGCAGGACUUGCGUACAUAUUGUACGCAUGGAAGAGCCUAUUCAAAACCGUUCAACAGGCUAGACGCCUGCUGGACAUUGUUUUGUUCCUUGCUGGAUGGUUUCUCCUGUCUGAUGCGAUCGCAACCACGUCAUCUACCGCGAUUCUAUUCGCCAAAACCCAACUCCACAUGAAGCCGUGGGCGCUUGGUAUGAUAAAUGUCAUUUCAACUCUGGCAGGGGUAUUCGGCGCCUUCGGAUGGUCGUGGAUCUCACGGCUCUUUAACCUCCAGGCCCAUCAAACCAUUCUUGUCUGCAUUGCCUUGUUUGAGUUGAUACCCCUUUACGGUUUGCUGGGUUACCUUCCCUUUGUUAAAGAAUGGGGUGUAUUUGGCCUCCAACAACCCUGGGAGAUGUAUCCACUGGCGGCUGCAUAUGGAGUUGUGCUCGGAGGUUUGAGUGGUUACUGCCGCUCUCUGUACGGCGAGCUUAUUCCACCCGGAUCCGAGGCAGCGUUCUACGCCUUGUACGCUAUAACGGACAAGGGAUCCAGCGUCUUUGGCCCGACGAUCGUCGGUGCUAUCAUUGAUAGAACUGGCACGAUUCGCCCGGCUUUCUGGUUUUUGGCAGCAUUGGUUGGUUUUCCUGCGCCAUUGAUCUGGUUCAUCAACGUAGAGCGAGGUAGAAGAGAAGGCAUGAAGCUCGCCGAGUCAAUGGCAGUAUCUCCUGUGGAGGAAGCAGACGAUGAUGAACAUGAACAUGAGCGUCGUGGAAUGCUGGCAGACUAUCAGAGAGAGCAGGAAGAUGGUAUUGUCGAUGAACACGCAAGACCCUAG